AUGCUAAUUUAAAGUGAAAGAUAACUUAGCUCUAGAAGAAAUAGUAUUGGACCUUCAUUCACAAGAAAUCCUUCAUAUAUACAUUAUAGAAAAUAAAAUUCAGAUUGUUCAAUCUAUUCAGAUUCAAAAGACCCAGGAGAUUCAAUCAAAUAAUUGAAAUAAGAUUGUGAGGAAAGAUAAUCAAGGGCUUAAUCUAUAUAUAGUUCAUUUCAAGUAUUAUGCAUAUUUAAGGUUAGAAAAAACUAUUUUCAAAAAGUGUGGAAAAUAGUAAAAAAUAAAUUAAUGAAUCAGGACAAGUAACAAACUUUUUAAAACAAAUCAAAAGCAAAGCUAUUGUUAAUAGAUUUAUUUAAAAUCUUUUCAGAAACUCAUACGUACUUCCUUAAAAAUUAUAGUAAUAACUUUAAGAUGAGUAUAUAUCUAGAGGCACAUCUUUUUAUACAUAAACAUUGAGUACUGUAUAUUCUAUUAUCUAUAGAUUAAGGAGAUAAUCCUUAAUUUAUCAAAAUAUUUCAACCUGGAAGUUAAUUGUUAAUGUAUUGGGAUUUGAUUGGAAUUAUUAUAAAUAUAAUUUCAUUGUGGUUAAGCCCUUUCUAAGCAGCCUUCACUUAUCAAGCACCAAUCAUAUUAAUUGUUACAAUUAUAUUGUAUUUAUUUCUGGAAAUUUUGGUCAAUUUAAAUAGAUCGACAAUAUCAUUUGGAGAAAUUAUUACUACAAGAAGCUAAAUAAUAAAACAUUAUCUUAAAGGAUAAGGAGCAUAAGAUAUAAUAAGUCUUAUGAUUUGGAUUAUCAUAUUCAAUAAACCUAAAGAAAGCUUAGUAUUCGAAGUGUUUCAAAUAAUAUAAAUAAUUGUUACAACCAAAAAAGUAAUAACGAAUUUUGAUAAAUUUUUUGAAUCCCUCUAUUCCAAAGGAUAAUUUUCAAAUUUGAUAGAUCUAUUUUCUCUUGUUAUAACAAUAUUCUUCUUUGCUCAUAUUACAGCAUGUUUAUGGUAUUAUGUUGGAGAAAAGAGUGAUAUGCUCUUAGAUAAAUCUUGGUUACAAAAAUAUGAGAUUGAGAAUGAAAGUAUAAUGAUGAAAUAUAAUUAUUCAAUAUAUUGGGCUACAACAACUAUUGUAACAGUUGGGUAUGGAGAUUUAACACCAUAAAAUUGGAUAGAAAUAGUAUUUACAAUAAUAAUGAUGUUUUUAUCAAGUUGUGUUUAUGCAUAUUCACUCAAUUCAAUUGGAAUUAUUUUAAAGAAUAUAUAAGAUACAAAGUAUUAAUAUAAAAAAAUGUUAUUGAGAAUUAAUGAUUAUAUGGAUAAGAAUAAUGUUGAAAUGGCUUUAUAAUUGAGAGCUAGAAAUUUUAUUAAGCAUCAUUUAUUUUAAAAUGAAAAUUAAGAGAGUUAAGAAGAAAUCAAUAAAAUUAUGGAAAAAUUGCCAGAAGAUUUAAGAAAUUAAAUUACAAAAUCGAUUCAGUUAAAAAUUCUUAAUUAGAUAACUUUUCUUAAAGAUUUAUUUUCAACACAAGCAGUGACUGAAAUCUCUAGAUAUUUAGAAACCUAAUAUUUAGUGACUAAUGAUAUUGUAUUCUAAUAGAAUGGAUGUACUGAUUCUAGUUUGUAUAAUUUAUUUGAUAAUAAAAUAGAUAUUUUGUACAAUCAGGAUCAAUAGCCAUAUUCGAAGAGAAAUCUAACAAAAUCUUAACAACAUUAAAUAGAGGUGAGAAAUUUGGAGAAUACUCCUUCUUUACUGGACUUUAUCCAAAAUAUUCUGCUAAAUGUAUGAGUGAUGCAAUACUAUAUAAAAUAUAGAGAGAAAAGUUCUUAUAAAUCAUAUAAUAUUAUUAAAAAGAUUUUUAGAGAUUUCACAAUAUUAAAGAUUAGAUAUUACUUAAUUCUGAUUAUUCAAAAUGUAUAUCAAGUUGUUAAAAUUGUAGAGUAUUUACUCACGAAAUUAUAGAUUGCCCAUUAAUUUAGUAUAAACCAAAUUUAGAAUAAAGAAUAAAAGUUGCAACUUUUAAAGAGAAUCAAAAUUUUAGAAUGUUUUAUAAAAGAUCAUUGCAAAAAUCAAAUUGUAGAAAACUUAGUAAAAACAUAGAACUAUCAAUCAAAGCAUUUUAAGAUGAAAAUGAAUCUAAAGUUUAAAUUUCUGAUUAUCAAUCUGGCUAUAUCUAAAGAAAUACUUUUGAAGAUAGAGAUAAAUAUACAUCUGAUGAACCUAAAUCUAAAAUUAUUAUAGCUGAUUAAGAUUAUGUUCAACCUACUCAUUUUGUUUCAGCUAUUUCACCUCAAUAAAAAAGACAUUAAACAUAAUUCAGACCCUCUAUAGUAGCAUAAAUGCCAAAAUAAAGAAUGACCGUAUUGUAAUAAGAAUUUAAAUCUCAUAACAAUAUAUUAAAUAAUUCAUUUCACUCUUAAUCAUUAAAUAAACUUUAAUCUGAUUUAUUUUUAGCAUCAUAUCAUUAAACUUGUCUACAUUUGGAUCAAAUGAGAAAUUAUAAAGAUUAUAUGCCAUAAAAUAAUAUUUCAGCAAUUAUUAUCUAAUUCCAGAAAAACCCAAAAAAAUUAACAAAAUAAAGAAAAAGACAAUUAGACGAUUUAAAUAAAUAUACUUUCUUUUAUUAUGUAAAGACUAUGUCUAUUAAAUUAAGAAAAAUUUAAAGAAAAAUUUCUAAAUGA